AUGGCAAAGAAAUUCUUGGGCCUCAAUGGCACCCGACUCCAGGUCGCUAUCGGCGUCCUGGCCGGCAUGGAUUUCCUACUUUUCGGAUACGACCAAGGUGUCACCGGUGGUCUAUUGACGCUGGACUCAUUCCGCAAGUACUUCCCCUCGAUCGAUACUACCGACGCCCACAUGGCAGGCUGGUCAGCCGCCGAGAAGAGUGCCCAAUCGACCCGCCAGGGUAUCACUGUCGCAGCGUACAAUUUGGGUUGUUUCGCAGGCUCUAUCCCAACCAUCUGGAUUGGUAACAUGCUCGGUCGCCGCAAGGCUAUCUUCAUCGGCUCUUUCAUUAUGGUCAUUGGUGCCCUACUGCAGUGUACCUCGUACGAUCUCGCUCAGCUGGUUGUUGGUCGUCUCGUCACCGGCUUUGGAAAUGGUAUCAACACUUCGACUGUCCCAACCUGGCAAUCUGAAUGCUGCAAGUCUCAUCGUCGUGGCCAAAUGGUCAUGAUCGAGGGGGCUAUGAUUACCUGCGGUAUUACCAUCAGUUAUUGGAUCGACUUUGGAUUGAUGUUCGCCGAUCCUAGCGAAGUCGCCUGGCGUUUCCCGUUGGCUUUCCAGAUCUUCUUCGCUGCUAUUAUCCUCGCCUUUGUGAUGUUCCUCCCCGAGUCGCCCCGCUGGCUCAUUCUGAAGGGUCGCGAGGAAGAGGCCCGCGAUGUCCUAGCGUGCCUGAUGGGCGAUGACACCGACGAGGUCUUCCUCGACACCGAGUUCACUGCUAUCAAGGCGACCGUUCUGGAAAUGGCUAAGGGAUCUUUCCGUGACAUGUUUACCAUGGGCGAGGACCGCCACUUCCACCGUACUAUGCUGGCCUAUGUCAACCAGAUGUUCCAGCAGAUUUCUGGUAUCAACUUGAUCACGUACUAUAUUCCCACUCUGCUCGAGGGCCAGGUCGGCCUGACCCCAACGCUGUCGCGCCUCAUUUCUGCCAUCAACGGUACCGAGUACUUUGCUGCCUCGUGGGUUGCUGUCUUCACGGUUGAGAAAUUCGGUCGUCGUAGUCUUAUGAUUUUCGGCGCCGUCGGCAUGUCUUUGUCUAUGGUUGUCUUGGCCGUUACCGAUAGCAUUUCCGCCGCCAACCCCAAGACUGCUCUGGGCACUCGCGCUGGUAUUGCCCAGACGGUAUUCCUCUUCGUUUUCAACACUUUCUUCGCAGUCGGUUGGCUCGGUAUGACUUGGCUCUACCCGGCCGAGAUUGUGCCUCUGAAGAUUCGUGCACCGGCCAACGCUCUUUCAACCUCUUCCAACUGGAUUUGGAACUUCAUGGUCGUCAUGAUCACUCCCGUUGCAUUCACCAACAUUGGCUACAAGACUUAUAUCAUCUUUGCCGUCAUCAACGCCUUCAUCGUCCCUGUGGUCUACUUCUUCUUCCCCGAGACGACAAUGCGUUCUCUGGAGGAGAUGGACCGCAUCUUCCACAAGACGACCAACCUCUUCGACUGUGUCUCGCUCGCCCGCACCGAGCCGCAUAUGUACGGUCCUAACGGUGAACUACUCCGCACUCUCGACGACGUCGAGGACGACGCCGUCCGCCGUGCAAGUGUCCUUAGCAAUCCCUCCAAGCGUGCUACCAACAACCACCAUGAGCACAUUGGCGAGAAGGAUAGCUCUGGCAACUCGAGUGACGAGAAAUAA